AUGGAGUUUGAGUUUGACCUUGAAAAUCCAUUGCCAAAUUCAGAUACACUUUUUUUCAUUGAGACUGAUCACAUGCCUUCAAAAUCAUUCCUUGAGGAAACAGAUGUACGUGUUUCGGUUCGGCGCGAAACCAUUUCUUUGGUGUUACAUUUUUCUCAAAAUUCUGAUCCAUUUUUAUCUUAUCUUGCCAUCAAUUACCUGGAUCGGCUCCUUUCUACUCAAUAUAUACUGGAAGGGAAGCCGUGGAUCUUGAGACUUUUGGCGAUUUCUUGCGUUUCAUUAGCACUGAAGAUGAGAAAAGAAGAGUGUUCUAUUACUGAUAUUCAGAAUGAUGGAGGUAUAAUUUUUGAUUCACACACCAUAGAGCGAAUGGAGUUGUUGAUCCUUGGUGCUCUAAAAUGGCGAAUGCGUUCUAUCAGUCCUUUUUCUUUUAUCCAUUUCUUUAUCUCAUUGUUCAAAUUUAAGGAUCAACCAUCAAGGCAAGCAUUGAAAAACAGAGCCACUGAGAUUAUACUAAAAGCUCAAAAUGAUAUCAAGCUCCUCGAGUUCAAGCCAUCAAUAAUUUCGGCCUCGGCUUUAUUAUCCGCUGCUCAUGAAUGUUUUCCUUUACAAUUUGCUAGCUUCAGAGAUGCAAUCGGCAGCUGUUCCUAUGUAAAUAAGAAUAAUUUGUUGAAUUGUUACAAUUUGAUGCAAGAAAUAGCAAUGGAUGGCUAUAAAUCAGUACUCGACAUGGGUUCGAGUUCAUUCACUCCUGUCAAUGUGCUCGACUUGCAGUGCUCGAGCACCUCAAGUUCGACAGUGGUUGCUGAUCGCAAUCAAUGA